AGGAGAGAGGGAGGGGCCACUACUUCCUGAAAACCUUGAAAACCCAGUGUGCGAGCUAGGCCGACGCAGCGCCGAGAUGUCUGGAGGGUCAGUGAAGAGCCUGGGGAAGGGAAGCGCUCCCCCAGGGCCUGUCCCGGAGGGCCUGAUUCGCGUCUACAGCAUGAGGUUCUGCCCGUUCGCCCAGAGGACGCGCCUAGUCCUAGAAGCCAAGGGAAUCAAGUAUGAAGUUGUCAACAUCAACCUGAAAAAUAAGCCUGAGUGGUUCUUUAAGAAGAAUCCCUUUGGUCUGGUGCCAGUUCUGGAGAACAGUCAGGGUCAACUGAUCUAUGAGUCUCCCAUCACCUGUGAGUACCUGGAUGAAGUGUAUCCAGGGAAGAAGCUGUUGCCAGAGAACCCUUAUGAGAAAGCACGCCAAAAGAUGGUCUUUGAAUUGUUUUCUAAGGUACCAUCUUUGAUAGGAAGCUUUAUUAGAAGUGAAAAUAAGAAGGACUGCUCUGGCCUGAAAGAAGAACUUCGUAAAGAAUUCAGCAAGCUUGAGGAGGUUCUGACCAACAAGAAGACAACCUUCUUUGGUGGCAAUUCACUUUCUAUGAUCGAUUACCUCCUCUGGCCCUGGUUUGAACGGCUGGAAGCACUGGAGUUAAAUGAGUGUGUGGACCACACUCCAAAACUUAAGCUUUGGAUGGCAGCCAUGAGGAAAGAUCCCACUGUAUCGGCCCUCCUCACCGAUGUGAAGACCUUCCAAGGUUUCUUAAAUGUCUACUUGCAGAACAGCCUGGAGGCCUGUGACUAUGGUCUUUGAUGGGGGCACGAGUCAGUGAAGAUGUGGCCCUGGCUGGCGUGGCUCAGUGGAUUGAAUGCCAGCCUGCAAACCAAAGGGUCACCAGUUCGAUUCCCAGUCAGGGGACAUUCCUGGGUCGAGGGCCAGGUCUCCAGCAGGGGGAACGUGAGAGGCAGCCAUAUAUUGAUGUUUCUCUCCCUUUCUUUGUCCUUCCCUCUCUCUCUAAAAAUGAAUAAAUAAGAAAUUAAAAAAAA